UCCAUCCACUCGUUGUUGUUGUGAGAGCGGGUGAUGGAGAAGCCCGCCACCGGCACCGCUAACCAAGCGAACGAGAGAAAAAGGUGAAGAGACAUUUUUUAUUUUUAACAAAAUAAAAUCCCCCCCCACCAACGGAUAAAAAACGGGAGCGGAAAGGAACGUGAGGGAAUAGAAUGGAGACGGUUGAGCAGCUCGUGUCCUUCCACCGCAUUCAGGUCCAGUUGAGCGGGGGCGCGCCUUGGGGGUUCACGCUGAAAGGCGGGCUCGAGCACGGCGAGCCGCUCAUCAUCACCAAGAUCGAGGACGGAGGGAAGGCCGCCGUGUGCGAGAAGCUGAAGGUCGGCGACGAGCUCAUUAACAUAAACGGGUCCGCCCUCUACGGCAGCAGACAGGAAGCCCUCAUCCUCAUCAAGGGGUCGUACAGGAUACUGAAGCUCACCGUCCGGAGGCGCAGCGUUCCUCUCAUCAGGCCUCACUCCUGGCACCUGGCAAAGCUAUCGGAGCACCCCUCCCUCCCCCCUCCCCCUCCUCCAUCUCCUCCCCCUCCGCCCUGCCUCCCCCGUGCCGACUCCCCUCCGCUCCCCCCACCUCCACCUCUGUCUGCCAUGCAGCUCCACCCCGGCCCUUACACACUACCCUGGCACACAACUGACAACAGUGACUUGCCCUUGCAGUGGGGCCAGCUGUCCAGACCUUACUCCUCCACUGACCGAAGUAGUUCCCUUGGCUCCAUGGAGAGCUUGGACACACCAACACCCACCACACAGCCGUACUCUGACUCCCAUAAUUCACCUGUGGACCCCACCCUCUUCAACAACAAGAGAGACUCAGCCUACAGCUCAUUCUCCGCCAGCUCAAACACAUCCGACUACGCGGCGGUGCCACUAAGGCCCGGUGAAGCCUGCUCCAUGGAUAACAUCCUCCAGAGCCUGGGACCGGGUUGUCGAGGCUACCCUGUUGGUGACACCUCAACCCUGGGGAGUUCAUCUGGCGAUACCCCCGAUGAGGCACAGCUUAUUGUACACAAGUCCAGGUCGCUGACCAGGCCAAGACCAAGGCCUGUUGAGGUAAAAGAGAGGCCUUCCUCCUGCUGUUAUGAUGAGGAGCGGAGGGGAGGAGACUUUGAGAUCAUAAGAAAUGGAGAAAGAGGAGCUGAGAGAAAGAUGAACCCUCCUCAGCCUCCAACUAGAAAGGACAGUUUUAGGGCGACCCGGAGUCGCCCGAAUAUCGUCAACAAACGUUGUGCUUCUGCCCCUAUUGAAAUUUCCAGUGUUUCUUGUUACUAUGACGAAAACAAGUCCUCUCUGAAUGUUGAAUCAGGAAUCCAUAAUGGCUUCCCCGCACAGGAAGACAGUGACAAAACUGGGAAUUUUAAAGAGGAUACCUUAGACUCGCACUAUAUCCAAAGACAGACUAAAGACGUUAGACAUAUCAAAUGUGAUACUAGUGCUAAUAAAGACAAUUCAGAGUCCACCUCAGAUCACCUCCCUGACCCAGUGACUGCCCCCCUUGUCCCCAUCACUUCCUCUUCUCCUGGCUCCUUACCUGCAGAAACCUCCAUAGAGGUUCAAGGGCAGUCUCAUACAAUGCAAUCCCAGACCAAGCACUCCUCUACGGGGCUGCACCGGCACAGUGCCCCCGAGAAGCUUCUUGCUACACAGCUUCAGUUAUUGCAGUUUGACAGUGAAAGCUCUUCUUUGGAGCCUUACAAUCCGUCGAAUCCUCCAGAUCGCUCAUUGUCCCCUUGUAGCAGCCAGUGGUCCCAUUCAUCACUCCCCCCAAGGGGGGAAGACCAAGAAGCUUCUCACAACCACCUCCACGCCCCAUCAAACAAAUGGGAGGGCAGCCGUUGCUCAACCCCAGGAUCUGUGUUCUUGGAAGGGGAUGAUGAUGACGGAGGUUCAAGUGAGAGGCUGGAAGGGACGGGUGUUAAUGGUGGGUGCCUCCCCCCAGCUGAGCAUCACCACCCUUGGGGCCGCUCUGUGAGCGUACCAGGGGACCCCACUGGAUCGUCAGCCCAGGCAAGGUUGAGCUCUGAUCAGAUACUAGAGAGAGAUUUUGAGCCUCUUAGUGCUGCUGCCAGUGUGGAUACCUUACUGGAGGAGCAGAGAGUAGGGGACAAAGGAAUACAUGGAGGUAAAAAACUGAAUGUAGAAGGAGAGACAAACAUGAAGAAGUCAAAUUCAUCCAGGAACCAUCAUCGGAACCGUCGUCGUAGCGAACGAUUUGCUACCAACCUCCGCAAUGAGAUCCAGAGAAAAAAGGCCCAGCUUCAGAGUAGCCGUGGGGGGUUGCUCUGUAGUGGGGAAACUGUCCAGGAGGAAGAGGGUCCAGACCUCAAUGAGGAGGGGCCAGAUCAAGACCUGCCUUCCCAGGAAAGGAGUACCAAAGUUGAAUUUGCCUCACCUGUUAGUCUCCAAAAUGCCAGCACCACAGCACCAGUCGAGAAAUCAAACACCUCAGGUGAAUCAAACCAUGAUAUCUCGCAGACUCAGCCUCAGUCAACAACUUACACUGAAAACAACAACAUAUCCAGGUCUGUCCAGAUUCUGGAUCCAGGGUUGCCCAAUUUUGGUGUUGGGAUUCGAGUCGUGGAGGAACCAGCUCCUGCCGGCAAAGCACGCCGCUGGCGUUGGACUCCAGAGCAUAAACUGCAACCAGAACCCAAACCAGAACCACGGUGUGGAGCCAAGGGUGAGAGGGUGUUUGGAGUCACAGGGUCACGGCACGGGGUUUGUGCCUUCACCUCCUCAUCUACUUCCUCAUAUCGCUCGUCUUCCUGUUCUCGGAUGGAUGAGUCAGAAAUCCUUCCAUUUGCAGAUAGAAUGAAGUUUUUCGAGGAGACGAGCAAGGGUAUAAAUGUCUCGAAUCUGUCCAGUCGCAGGCAGAAGAAACCCCCCCACCACCCGGAGCUCCAGGGAGGGGAGCUCAGUCAGCACCCAAACCAAAGGAGAUACUCCUACCAGGGGGGACUACAGCAGGAAAGUUCCCUGCUUACAAACACUAUGGAAGCUAGGAGGCUGUCUGUGAGUACCAGCAGGGAAAGACAGAAAGAGAAGGAGAGGGAACAAGCGAGAGAAAGGGAGGAGAAGGCAAGGGAGAGGCAAAAGAGGCUGAAAGAAAGGGAGAGGCAGCAGCAGGAGAAGGAAAGACAGGAGAGGGAAUUAGAAAUGGAGAGGGCAAGGCAGAGGGAGAUUCAGCGGGAGAGGGAACGAGAGGAGAGGAUGAGACAGUGGGAGAGGGAACGGGAGAGGGAGCUUGAGUUGGCGAGAGAUAAAGAGAUGGAGAGGGCCAGAGAGAAGGAACGACUCAAAAAAGAAAGAGAAAAAGAGCUUGAGAGAGAAAGAGAGAAGGAAAGGGAAGAAGAUGCUCAGCUAUCCUCACAUCAGGAGUUUUAUGGCAGUCCUGGCAUCAAGGAAAACUUCCACAACCAGCCUAAACCUCAGGCGUUCUCCCAUAGCCAAACCCAGAAUCAAGUCCCGCGAUCAGCUUUUUAUCCAGUCAAUACCUCCUCUCAGCCCCUGGACAACCGACAACCUCUUCACCAGGGAUACACAGCGAGGAGCUACACACCUACAGAGACGUAUCCUGCCCGGCAACAGGAAACGACCAAGCUCAACAGGAAGUACAGCCUGACUGAGAGGGACUACCCGAGCUGGAGACGUGAGUCCAGACCCCCAGAGAGCAUUAAUCAGUGUCAUCAGCAGCCCCACCCGGGUCGAUGGGGCUCCAGACAGACGGACGACGGCCGCAACGGAUACUCGUACGCUCCCCCGCCGGUUCCUCUCUCCCUCCGAGGUCGAGCCAUGUCUGAAAACGACCUCCGCUUCGACAGCAGCCACCGCUGGUCGCCGUCGAUGUACACCAGCCAGACCCUGAGCGAGGUGGAGGAAGGAGGACGAGACGCCGCCAGCACUGCCCGGUCAAACAAGAAGAAGACCCCGCCUCCCCCGAGACCGCCUCCCCCGAAGUGGGAGCAGUUCCACCGCAGGCGAGCGUCCCACCACGCCCUGUUCUCCUCCUCCUCUUCUACUGCUCCUCACUCCAUCCCUCCCUCCUUCGACACCGCAGAGGGCCACUAUCCGACUCGGCCCUCCUCCUCGUACAUCCCCCCGCACGAGACGUCCAGACAGCGGUCCUACAGUCUCCCUCCAGAGAGGCAGGAGGUGUCGGAGGGCUGCCCGCGCUGCAGCUGCGGCCAAACCCAGGAGCACGCAUUUCCCCACGCCUCGUCCAGUCAGAAUCAACCCCACGUGCAGGAACACCCCUUCUCCCACCACGCUCCGUCCAAUCACAAUCAGGUGGAAUUUCAGGAUCGGACCUUCGCCGUUGCUCCGCCCAGUCCGAUGUUCUCCAGGAGGGGCUUCAGACCGGUGGCUCCGGCCCAGAGAGAGCGGGACCCGAGGAGCACGUACGGCGAACAUCAGGACAGGGUGGAGGUUAUAACGGCUCUACCGCCGCCGCCUCCGCCUCCGCCGCCGCCAACGGACAGAAGCGUGAGCAGUUUAUCUGAGAUGAACAUCAGCCGCAGCCUCGACCAGGACAGAGAAACAGUGAAACCUCACAAACAGCAGAGACCAGGAGCCGAGUGGGAGAGGGCCCCGUCUCCCAGAGUUCAUAGCGACUCAACGCUUCCACCUGUCGUAGAAAACGGUGGCGUUUUACCUCCCGAGUCCUACUUCGCCAUCGACUACGAGCAGCAGCAGCAGCUCCGUAUGAACAGAGGCUUUCAGAGCAUCGAUCCGCAGAAGAUCCCCGAACCGGGAACCGAAUCGGAGACGACCCUCAGCCCGAGUCCCGCACACAGCCUGGACGCGGACCUGGACGUCCCCAUGGAAACGGACAUAGACGAUUUCCAGGAGGACGAGGGACUUCCAGCGGAGGAGGAGCCGAUCACCAGCGAGCUCCCGUGCUUCGCGCUGCCGGUGACCGUCCUGGAGACGGACAUCGACACCUUGCCGGACUCCGAGGCCUCGCCGUCGGGCCGGACGAGGGCGGAGAGCGGCUCUCUGGAGGAGGAGCUGGAGGCCGGGGAGGAGAGCGGCAGGGAGAGGCUGAGCCUGGAGGAGUUCUUCCCCCAGAGCAGUGAGGGAGAGUCGGGCACAGAGAGCUGGAGAGGGGCCUACCAAACCACGGAGCACAACACGGACAGCUUGGAUAGGCGGUCCGGCGCGAGCUCCAGCUGUUCGUCCUAUUACAGCACGUCGGCGGCCAAAGCUCAGCUCCUGUCGCAGAUGAAGGACUUCACUGAUAACAGAGAGCGGCACGAGGACGACGAGCUGACCUACAAGAAACAGCUGAUGGAGAGCCUCCGCAAGAAGCUGGGAGUGCUGAGGGAAGCUCAGAGGGGACUGCAGGACGACAUCAGAGCCAACGCACAGCUGGGAGAGGAGGUGGAGAACAUGGUGGUGGCGGUGUGUAAGCCCAACGAGAUGGACAAGUUCCGCAUGUUCAUCGGCGAUCUGGACAAGGUGGUCAGCCUGCUGCUGUCGCUGUCCGGGCGGCUGCUGCGAGUGGAGACCACGCUGGACACACUGGACCCCGAGACGGAGCACCACGAGAGGCUCCCCCUGCUGGAGAAGAAGCGUCAGCUCAUGCGGCAGCUGUCCGAGGCUCAGGACCUGAAGGACCACGUGGACCGCAGAGAGCAGGCCGUCAGCCGGGUGCUGGCCCGCUGCCUCUCCCCCGAGCAGCACCGAGACUACAGCCACUUUGUGAAGAUGAAGGCCGCCCUGCUGGUGGAGCAGAGGCAGCUGGAGGACAAGAUCCGGCUGGGAGAGGAGCAGCUGAGGGGGCUGAGGGAGAGCCUGGGGCUGGGGCUGGGAAUUGGUAUGGGAAUGUCGAUGGGAUACGGACAUUACUGAAAGAAACGCUGCCGGAAGAGAUGAAGAGGCGGGGGGGGCUACUUAAAGGAAUAGUUUGACAUUUUGGGAAUAUAUUAGAUGAAAAGAUACCACUGUCAUGUCUGUACACUGUCCAAAAGUAAUACAAAUCUCUAAAACUCACUGUUUUAACAUCUCUUUUUGACUUCCUGGAGUCUCUAUGCUAAGCUAAGCUAACCGUGGCUUCAUAUUUAGUGUUCCAAGAUGUCAAACUAUUCCCGUUACAGCACGUAGAUCCAGAAGUUCCAGGACCAAAAAACCACCCAACGAAGGCCGAGACCAAAACCGGACGAGUCCAAGGUGGAGGUCCAAAGAAAAGACUGGACUUUGGUGCUACAGAAGUUUGAGCGUGGACUCACAGAAACCAUAAACGAGAGACUUCCAAUCCGAUAAAUCCUCCAAAACACUUAUCCAGAAACCAUCCUGUCAACACAACCGUGUUCAGAGACGAUAAAAGGAAUUUUUCUCCCAAAUUUCAUCCAAGUAAAAGAAACCGAGGGGAGGAAAAGGAUUCAAACUGAGGUUGUAACUUCACUAAGAAUGUAAAAUAAAGCCUGAUAAUAACCACAUUUUUACUCCAAGGGUCACAAAUUAUACCUUCCCGCUUCACAUUGUGUGCCUGAAAACAUGUACUGUAAAACUAAUGACACUUAUUCUAAACCACACUACGUUGCCAAAGACAUUUUGUCACUGAGACGCUGCUUUAUUUUAUGUUUUCUUUUUGUAUUUAAAAUCUCCUGGUUCAGAGAAUCGAAGGAGACACUAAGAAACUGUGUUUUAUUUUUUUUUUUCCCCGUUAACAACACUAAAGUCCCAGUAAGGGAAGUUUUUUUUUUUUUUUGUAUAAUCUUGUUAUGCUGGCUGACACAACUCCGCGUUCAGCAGAUACAUAAACUGUAUUAUCGAUCAUAAUAUCAGCAUAUCACAUCACUUUAUUACUGUAAUGUUACCGCGUGUGAGUUUGAGACUCCACCGACUCGUUAUACUGUCACAUAUUAACUGUUAUGUACAGAAGACACUUGUGUUUAUAAUGUAUACGAUGUGUAUAUAGUGAUUGAGCUUCGUGAAAUGACUGGAAUCGGUUGUAAAAACAAACAAAAAAACAAACAAAAAAAAAAAAGAUUGGUUGUAAAAGAUGAAUGAGGAGAGCGGGAAGAGUUUGACGUUUACUGUAUAUUUUUUAAAAGGGGGUUCAUAUAUAUUUUCUGGAGAUUGAGCUCGUCGAGCGUUAGACGAGAAGAUUGUGUCUGUAGCAGGAAGUAUGAAGCUACAGGCAGCGACCGGUCUUCUCAUCUGAAUUGUGUCAAGAAAGCAAAGUAAUUAACCCAAAAUAAAAUAAAAACUAUUUUCUUUAUCACUUGAGUAAAAUUGUCCCAAUUUGGGAUAACAUUAACUUUUCCUGAAAUUGUUUUUUAAAGAUAAUUCACCACCAUCAUAUUCCAUUUUAAAAUAACCGCUACCUGUUUUUCUGCUCUUAGAUUCCUUGACAGCUUUUGAUUUGUGAUGUUUCCAAAGUCCUAAACCUCGGACGGGACACGUUGUACACAGUUAAAACAAACUGCAGCUCGACAAGAGAUUGGGAAGGAUUUUGAAGAGGAAAUUUUUUAUAUUUUGGUUGUUGAAAGUUAAGUGAAAACACAGACACCUUUUUUUUAUCAGUUUGAUCAACUUAAACUUUAAAGUUUUCCACUUAUUUUUCCUCUUUUCUCAGAUGAAUUCCUGCAGUUUUAAUCCCAAACAAACCCGUGAACUUUUAAAAACGUCCACAUAUACUCUGUCCUGUUCUGUACAUAUUAUGUGUAUUCUUGUACUAUAACAGCCUUUUUUUUCUAAAACCGACUGGAAACUUAUUGACUUGACGAGAGAGCGAGGAGAAACGAGUCGCUUGUCGGACCAGUAAGAGAGAAUAUUUCUUCUGUUCGUGUUUUUUUCUCAUGUAAUUCUGAUUUAUUACAUUUUUUUUUUGUUGUUGUUGUAAAAAUGCAUUACAAAUUUUGUAACUGCAAAAAAACUCUCCUGUGAGGGGAAAAAAGUACCAUAAAUAAUAAUAAUAGUAUUUUAAACUAA